AUGGGUUUGUGUAAUAUCGAAUGUGUAGAAAGAAUAGCGCAAUAUCUCGACGUUCCCUCAAAAGGGCUAGAGAUCUCUAAUAAAAAUAUAAUACUUAUUCCAGAAUGCGGAAAAAAUACGCUACCCAUUCAAGGAUUCAGUACUAUUAUACAAGCACUCGUUGCGAGUUCAAAAUGUUCCAAUAUGCUCUGUAGUGAGAAAGAAGUGCAAGCUUUAACGCAACAAUGGUUAGAAUAUGUUACAGUAUGCGUCAAUCACGCUGAUCUUCCUGUUAAUGCCAAGAGAGAACUAAAUACAGUAUUAAAAGAUGUAACAUAUAUAACGGGUACAGAAAAGACUAUAGCAGAUGUCACAUUGUAUUAUGUUUUACAUUCUAUAAUGAAAGAAUUAAGUGGACAAGAGAAAAUACAAUACAUCCAUCUAUCAAGAUGGUUCGACAAUAUUCAACAGGAAGAAAAAUUGAGACAGGAUUUGGAUUUGAUAUCUUUCAAUUUAUUACACAUAUUUUUGUAA